CAGAUUAGAAAACUCAAAUCCCUUGGGCAUAAUCGUCAAUCAAAAAGAUUUGUUUAUAUAACAACAACCCAUCUAGGGUUUGCUUACGCACGCCCUCUUCAAAACUCACAAGAGAAGCAGCCGCUCCUCCUUCUAUCUCCUAAACAAGAAUGGAUUCGCAAAUUAAGUUUGCUGUGGUGGUGAAAAUAAUGGGAAGGACCGGUUCAAGAGGUCAAGUGACGCAAGUGAGAGUGAAGUUCUUGGAUGAUCAGAACCGGUUCAUUAUGAGGAACGUGAAGGGACCGGUUCGUGAGGGAGAUAUCCUCACAUUGCUGGAGUCUGAGAGAGAAGCUAGGAGGCUUCGUUGAAGGGUUAUUUUUAUACUUUUUGGGGUUUAUGCUUGUUUUGAAUUGUCUACCGUAUUUCUUUUGAAUUACGUUUAGUAGGUAUUCGUAUAUCGAGACUUGCGAUUUGGGAGAAUGGUUGUUUCUUAAACCUGGAUUUUAUGAUGAUUAUGUUGAAAUGAACUGAAUUGGUUUUGAGUUUUGGUUA